AUGCUCGAGCGUCUCCGCGCGCUCCUCUCGUUCCUCUUCCACUGCGCGCGCGCCGUCCUCCUCUUCCUCGUGCUUCUCUCCGACGCGCCCGGCUUUCCGCCCGCCGCGCGCGCCAUGCGGCAGUGGGAGGAGUGGUUUUGCCGCCUCGAGCAUCGCAAGACCGAGUCGAAUUGCUCGCAGUCUGUUUUUUCACAGCGCGCGCAGACCUCGGCCCGCCACGCAGGGGUUACAGGAGAGACAGGAGAGUCAGGUUACUCACGAGACACAGUAGUCACUGAUUUCAGCUCGUUACAGGCGCUCAUCUCUCUAACAGCCAUGGCGCAUCGCCUCUGCGGCCGAUGCGUCUCUUCCACCGCCUCCGCCUUUCCCGCCGCCAAAUCUGCCGCCUUCCCCGCCGCAACUCACGUUCUCCAAUCGCACCUCUCCACCGCAACCAGCGCGACCAGCCCAUCCGCAUAUAAUCGCUCAUCUCCCGCCGCCGCGGCGCUCCGUAGCUGUCGCCCGACGGCCAAUUACCCGCCGGCACGUGGCGCCAAGGCGUGGUGGUAUCAGCCGUGGCUGGCGCAUUCCGCCGUCACCGGCGCACGCAGGCUGUUCCCCGCAGCGGGGGGAGGGGGAGGGCCCGGGGGAGCAGGCGGGGGGGGGAAACGCUAUGUGGGGACAGUUCCGCCCGCAGCUGGCGGGAGGGGAGUGGCCAUGAUGAGAUGCGAGGGAGGGGGCGCCAUGUACACGCGGCCUGAUCCGACGCGGCCGCGUGUGUGCGUGCUAGGGGGUGGAUUCGGCGGGCUGUACGCGGUGUUGCGGCUGGACUCGCUGCUGUGGAGCGACGAGCGCCGCCCGCAGGUGCUGCUGGUGGACCAAUCAGAGCGCUUCGUCUGCAAACCGCUGCUCUACGAGCUGCUCUCGCAAGAUGCCCUUACUCUCCCUCUCCCGCGGCUGCCAGGGAACGCGAGACGCGCGGACGAGUGGGAUGAGGGCCAUACGGUGUGA